GUCAGUGCGGACUACUCCUCCUCGGGACGAAUGAAAGAAGAUGUUUUGGGUGUUGUUGCGGCAUUAAGGCAGCUGUAAACAUGUCUCUGAAUGGAGGGGGAAGCAGAGGAUUUUACUUCAGCACCGUCCUGUCUCUGGCUCUCCUGGCAGCUCACCGGCAGGCGCCCAUAGAGAAGGUCCAGAAGCUACAAUGCAUGUGUCCCGUGGACUUCAGAGGAGUCUUCCAGCUGGAUGAGAGGAGGAGAGACGCUGUCAUCGCACUGGGAAUAUUUCUUGUCGAGUCAAAUCUGCAGCACAAAGACACUAUCGUCCCGUACCUUCUCGGGCUGCUUAAAGGCCUUCCUAAAGUUCAAUGGAUUGAAGAAAGCUCAGAACGCAAAGGAAGAGAGAACCUUCCUGUCGCAGAGAACUUCACCUUUUGUCUCGUAACACUACUGUCAGAUGUCGCCCAACGUGAUGAGACCUUACGAGGACAGAUCCUGGAGGCGGUCAUGGACAUCAUGCAGGUGCUGCAGGAUAUCUGCAAGAAUCCAGACACUCAUGAAAAAGAAUACCUGUGCAGGUACACUGUUCCCGCCCUGCUCGGUGUCGCCCGAGCAUUUGGCCGAUACAGCAACACUGACGAGCCGUUACUCUCCAAGCUGUUCCCUCGACCGGUCGCUGCAGCGCCGCCUACAGGUGAUGAUAGCGAUGCGGUGCACCGUCGGUCCUUCAACGACUUUCGGUCCAUCCUGCCGAGCUCUUUGCUCACGGUGUGUCAGGGAGACACUCUGAGACGUAAAGGCUCCUCCGUGUCCAGUCAGCAGGCCAGUCCAGAGAGAGCCUGUCUCACGCCCGUCUCACCUGCUGACCCCUCUGCACAGUACUUUGAAGGCUCAUACCUCCCUGAUGGCAGCGCUGUGGACCCCGACUACUACUUCUCCACCAUCAGCUCCAGCUUCUCCGUGUCCCCUCUCUUCACUGGAAGCAGCUCUGGAGAGUUUCACGUCCCUCUGGAUAUGCUCAGGCAGCUCCUUCACAUGGUUGAACAGUUUGUCGCUGAGUCGUUUUUAAAAUCACUGGAUGACUCCCUGGCAGAACUUCUGGAGUUGAAUCUUGGUCUUCAUCUUUAUUACAAAACCUUCAGUGAUCCUCUGUAUGUAGCCAUUUUUAAGAUGCUGAGAGACACCCUGUACAACUUGAAAGACCUGCAGACAGACUUUGUGAAGGAGGUUCAUGACUUUGUGCUGGAGCAGUUCAGCAGCAGCCAGUCCGAGCUGCAGAGGAUCCUGCACGAUGUCGAGUACCUCCAGAGCGAGCUCAGCCCGCUCAAACUGCGCUGCCAGGCCAACGCCGCCUGUGUGGACCUCAUGGUGUGGGCUGUUACUGAGGAGCAGGGAGCCGAGAACCUUUGCACCAAACUAUCAGAGAAGCUGCAGUCCAAGACGUCCAGUAAAGUCAUCAUCGCCCACAUGCCGCUCCUCAUUUGCUGCUUACAGGGUCUGGGUCGUCUGUGUGAGCGCUUCCCCGUGGUGGCGCACUCUGUCACCAUGUCCCUGAGAGACUUCUUGGUGGUCCCGUCUCCUGUCCUGGUGAAGCUGUACAAAUACCACAGCCAGUACACUCCAGGGGGAAGUGAGAUAAAGAUCCACGUGACCAACGAACAUUCCCAGUCAACCCUCAGCACCCAUUCGAGCAAGAAGAGCCAGCCCUCCAUGUACGAGCAGCUGCGGGACAUCUCCAUCGAUAACAUCUGCAGGUGCCUGAAAGCCGGACUGACGAUGGAUAACGUCAUUGUGGAAGCUUUUCUCGCCAGUCUGUCGAAUCGUCUCUACAUCUACCAGGAGAAUGAUAAGGACGCUCACCUGAUCCCAGACCACACCAUCAGGGCUUUGGGACACAUCGCGGUGGCCUUACGGGACACCCCCAGAGUCAUGGAGCCAAUCCUCCAGAUCCUCCAGCAGAAGUUCUGUCAGCCUCCGUCGCAGCUCGACGUCCUCAUCAUAGACCAGCUCGGCUGCAUGGUCAUCACAGGCAAUCAAUACAUCUACCAGGAGGUGUGGAAUCUGUUCCAGCAGAUCAGCGUGAAAGCCAGCUCCAUGAUCUACUCCACCAAAGACUACAAGGACCACGGAUACAGACACUGCUCCUUGGCGGUGAUAAAUGCUCUGGGGAACAUCGCGGCGAACCUCCAGGCUGAGCAGAUGGUCGACGAGCUGCUCGUCAACCUGCUGGAGCUUUUCGUGCAGCUGGGUUUGGAAGGGAAGAGAGCGAGUGAGAGAGCCUCAGACAAAGGCCCGGCUCUGAAGGCAUCGAGCAGUGCUGGAAACCUCGGUGUCCUAAUUCCUGUUAUUGCAGUGCUGACUAAGAGGUUGCCACCAAUUAAAGAAGCCAAGCCGCGUCUGCAGAAGCUCUUCAGGGACUUUUGGCUGUACUCUGUCGUCAUGGGGUUUGCUGUGGAAGGCUCAGGUCUGUGGCCAGAGGAGUGGUAUGAGGGAGUUUGUGAGAUUGCCACCAAAUCACCGCUGCUCACGUUUCCCAGCGGGGAACCUUUACGCUCAGAGCUGCAGUACAACUCUGCGCUGAAGAACGACACCGUCACUCCGGCGGAGCUGAAUGAUCUGCGGAGCACCAUCAUCAACCUGCUGGAUCCUCCUCCUGAGGUGGCUGCUCUCAUCAACAAGCUGGACUUUGCCAUGUCCACAUAUCUGCUGUCUGUUUACAGAUUGGAGUACAUGAGGAUGCUGCGUGCUCUGGACUCGGACCGUUUCCAGGUCAUGUUUCGGUACUUUGAAGACAGAGCGAUACAGAAGGAUAAAUCCGGUAUGAUGCAGUGUGUGAUUGCUGUUAGUGACAAGGUUUUUGAGGUCUUUCUGCAUAUGAUGUUAAAUCAGACCCGUGAUACCUGAGAUCGGCCCAAAACCAAAGCCCAUGAGGAGGAGCUGGAACGUCACGCUCAGUUCCUGUUGGUCAACUUCAACCACAUCCACAAGAGGAUCCGCAGAGUGGCCGACAAAUAUUUGUCCGGCCUGGCCGAAACUUUCCCCCACUUGUUGUGGAGCGGUCGUGUGCUGAGGACGAUGCUGGACAUCCUGCAGACGCUGUCCCUCUCACUCAGUGCAGACAUUCAUAAAGACCAACCUUAUUACGACAUCCCAGACACGCCGUACAGAAUCACUGUCCCAGAUACAUACGAAGCCAGAGAGAGCAUCGUGAAGGAUUUUGCUGCUCGUUGUGGGGAGAUCCUUAAAGAGGCGAUGAAGUGGGCGCCAUCUGUCACCAAAUCACACCUCCAGGAGUAUCUGAACAAACAUCAGAACUGGGUGUCGGGUCUCUCCCAGCACACCGGCCUGGCCAUGGCCACAGAGAGCAUCCUGCACUUUGCUGGUUACAACAGACAGAGCACCACACUGGGGUCCACCCAGCUGACGGAGAGGCCAGCCUGUGUGAAGAAGGACUACUCCAACUUCAUGGCCUCUCUAAACCUCCGAAACAGAUAUGCUGGAGAGGUAUCAGGAAUGAUCCACUUCGCCCAGGCGGUCCGAGGACAGUCUGAUCUGAGCCGGCUGAUGAUCAAGCAGAUGGGGGAGGCUUUAGAGUCGGCGCAGCCCGAAGCCUUCACCGAGGCCAUGUUCAAACUGGCCGCCCUGCUCAUCAACACCAAAGACUGCGAUCCUCAGCUCCUGCAUCACCUCUGCUGGUCUCCUCUCAAGAUGUUUACAGCUCACGGCAUGGAAACGGCCAUCGCCUGCUGGGAGUGGCUGCUGGCAGCUCGUGUCGGAGUGGAAGUACCGUUUAUGCGAGAGAUGGCGGGAGCGUGGCAGAUGACCGUGGAGCUGAAGAUGGGCCUGUUCUCGGACGCUCAGGUGGAGGCCGAUCCUCUGGCUGCGUCAGAAGAGAGCCAGCCGAUACCCUGCCCUCCAGACGUUACCCCGCACCAGAUAUGGAUCGAGUUUCUAGUCCAGAGGUUUGAGAUAGCAAAGUAUUCCAGCGCAGAUCAAGUGGAGAUCUUCGGCAGUUUGCUGCAGCGCUCGCUGUCUCUGAACGUCGGCGGGGCUAAGAGUAGCCUCAACCGCCACGUAGCUGCCAUUGGACCUCGUUUCAGGCUGCUGACUCUGGGUCUGGCUCUGCUCCACUCUGACGUCCUCACCAAUUCAACUGUAAGAAACGUGCUCCGAGAGAAGAUCUACUCCACAGCCUUUGAUUACUUCAGCGUGUCUCCAAAAUUUCCCACCCAAGGCGACAAGCACCUGCGCGAGGACAUCAGCAUCAUAAUCCGUUUCUACGCCAGCAUCCUGUCCGACAAGAAGUACCUGGCCGCGUGCCACUUGGUCCCACCUGAUAAUCAGGACUCGUCCCUGAACAGUCUGUCGGUGAUGAACGCGGCCGACCUCAGGAGCAACAUGGACUCCAGCGCUCGCUCCCAGCAGAGCGGGCAGGGAUGGAUCAACACCUACCCGCUGUCCAGCGGCAUGUCCACCGCCUCCAAGAAAUCAGGCACGUCUAAGAAGAGUAACCGAGGCACGCAGCUGCACAAAUACUACAUGAAGCGCAGGACUCUGCUGCUGGCCUUACUGGCGAGCGAGAUCGAGCGGCUGACGACGUGGUACAACCCGCUUUCCACUCAGGAACUGGCCAUCGCCACGGAGCAGUCGGUGGAGACCAGCAUCGCCAACUGGAGGUCCAAAUACAUCAGUCUGACUGAGAAACAGUGGAAGGACAACGUCAACCUGGCCUGGGGUAUCGCACCUUACCUGGCCAUGCAGCUCCCGACCAGGUUUAAGAAUGACGCCAUUGUUGCUGAGGUGACCCGGCUGGUGAGGCUGGAUCCCGGAGCUGUCAGUGACGUACCCGAGGCCGUCAAGUUCCUGGUGACGUGGCACACCAUCGAUGCCGACUCUCCCGAGCUGAGCCACAUCCUGUGCUGGGCUCCAGCAGACCCGCCCACUGGUCUGUCCUACUUCAGCAGCAUGUACCCUCCUCAUCCUCUCACCGCUCAGUACGGGGUUAAAGUGCUGCGCUCCUUUCCUCCAGACGCCAUCUUGUUCUACAUUCCUCAGAUUGUUCAGGCGCUCCGUUACGAUAAGAUGGGUUAUGUGAGGGAGUACAUCCUGUGGGCGGCCCAGAAGUCUCAGCUUCUCGCCCACCAGUUCAUCUGGAACAUGAAGACCAACAUCUUCAUGGACGAGGAGGGACACCAGAAAGACCCGGACAUCGGGGACCUGUUGGAGCAGAUGGUCGAGGAGAUCACGGGCUCUCUGUUGGGUCCGGCCAAAGACUUCUACCAGCGAGAGUUUGAAUUCUUCAACAAGAUCACCAACGUGUCCGCCAUUCUCAAGCCGGUCCCAAAGGGAGAGGAGAGGAAAAGGGCCUGUCUCAAAGCUCUGUCAGAUAUCAAAGUCCAGCCAGGCUGUUACUUACCGAGUAACCCUGAAGCCAUCGUGCUGGACAUCGACUACAAGUCUGGAACGCCCAUGCAGAGUGCUGCCAAGGCGCCGUACCUGGCCAAGUUCAAGGUGAAGCGCUGCGUGAGCGAACUAGAGAGGGAGGGUCUCCGCUGCCCCUCGGACUCUCUGGAGGACGGAGAGGAGAAUCCAGACGGCUCACGCCGGGUCUGCUGGCAGGCCGCCAUCUUUAAAGUGGGAGACGACUGCAGACAGGAUAUGCUCGCUCUGCAGAUCAUUGGGCUCUUCAAGAAUAUUUUCCAGCGUGGGUUGGAUCUGUUUGUGUUCCCCUACAGAGUGGUGGCCACGGCACCCGGGUGCGGCGUGAUCGAGUGCAUCCCAGACUGCAAAUCUCGAGACCAACUCGGCAGACAGACGGACUUCGGGAUGUACGAUUACUUCCGCAACCAGUACGGAGAUGAAUCCACCCUCGCCUUCCAGAAGGCUCGGUAUAACUUCAUCCGCAGCAUGGCCGCCUACAGCCUCCUGCUGUUCCUGCUGCAGAUCAAAGACCGACACAACGGAAACAUCAUGCUGGACAGCAAGGGCCACCUCAUCCACAUCGACUUCGGCUUCAUGUUUGAGAGCUCUCCCGGAGGAAACCUGGGCUGGGAGCCCGACAUCAAGCUGACAGACGAGAUGGUGAUGAUCAUGGGAGGGAAGAUGGAGGCUACGCCGUUCAAAUGGUUCAUGGAGAUGUGCGUCAGAGGAUAUCUGGCCGUACGACCGUACAUGGACGCAGUGGUUUCCUUGGUGACGCUCAUGUUGGACACCGGACUGCCGUGCUUCAGAGGACAAACCAUCAAACUCCUCAAAGGACGAUUUAAUCCUCAAAUGAGUGAGAAAGAAGCAGCAGCGUUCAUCAUCAAAGUCAUCCAAAGCUGUUUCCUCAGCAGCAGGAGCAAAACGUACGACAUGCUGCAGUAUUACCAGAACCAAAUUCCUUACUGAGACUUCUGCCGGACCUCCACUGUGACGUCCAACAGGAACGUCUCUACGAAAGCAAUCCAAACCGUCGUUUCGAUGGUUUUAAUAAGACGGUGGGUGCGUUUUACACGCGUGUGUAUCCCACUCUGAGACAACGACACGGCACUUUGAUCCUAAUAUUCCACUUUUCCUCUGUAAGUUGUCGGGUUUUAUAACGUACUUCUUAAUUCUGAGUCUUAAUUCUUUGUUUAACUUGAGAGUAAAGAACAACGUGAGACUUUUACCAAAAGAGGUAUUCGAAUCACCCUUUAAGUAUUUCCUUCUUGAUGCUGUUAUUUGUUACGGACGUUAACUGUCACACGAGAGGAAGAUGGCCAUAAAAGGAGCCAUAUUAACAGUGUUUGUCGAAGCAGCUCUUAUCAUCUUUAUCAUUUUGUCACAAUGCUGUUUUCACUUUUAUGCACUUUAUAGAUCUCAGUAUUUCUUCGGCUUCACCUGCCUUUAUGAUCACAAUCUUUAACGGAGAUUAAAAUAGCAGAAAUGAGAGAUUAACACAAUCUGCAGUUUAACCCUCUGAGAGCAACAUCACAUUUCUUGUGCUGCUUUCAGACGCCUUUCACGAGUAUUUAAACCCUUUGAA